UCCCUAGUAAGCAUGGCUUCAAUCCCAGUAUAGUGACUAGUUCCAGAACCUCAUUACUGGCAACUUUUGGAAUUAGUAGUCACUGGGCUUCUCGCCUCAUGGUAUAAUCAGAAAACAGAGGAUUGCAAGUAGAUCAUUUGCAUUCCCCAGUUACAGUACUUCCUUGGAUAUCUAGUUUAAAGGUAUUGUUCCAAAAAGUCUUUUGAAAUUUGUGAAAGCUUCCAGAGAUUGGUCAGUCUCCAAGAGAAGGUAUGUAGAUCCAGGUCCACAAUAACACAGACACAGAGAUGAAAGUAGAGUUCAGAAUUUAUCACUGUGUCCUAAACUGGACCUAUGCUCCUGGGAAGGUGGGAGAGCAAUUCUGGGCUCCUGGAAGGGAUGGGGCCUCAGGCAAACAAGGUGGAACUGGAAGCAGACCCCCCAGCAGCAAAUCCUUCAUGGCUGGAGUCCGGGAGAUCCAGGGCUGCAGUUGGCAACUGUUGCAGUGGCCAGGAGCCCUGGGCCCUUUUAAAUCACCAGGCUCUAGAAUAGCUGCCCCUUUUGCAAUCACCUUGUCAGUAGGGUCAGACAGCAAUGCCAUGGCAGUGCUUUAACAUUACCGCUCCUUUUGACUGGGGCAAAAAGGGCAGCAAAGCAACACUGUGGCAAAAAACUGUGUGGGGGCCAGUACAGGGGCUGGUUUUUACUGGUGUGUGCCACACCAUCCCACUUAUAUAUCUGCACAGAUAUAAUUGCAUUUUUAAUAGAGUGGAUCUUGAAGGUAUAAAAUUUAAUUUGAUAAAGUUCAUUGAUGUUAUGCAGGAUAUUGUCAGUCUGUCACAUCAUUGCAAUAUAAACUCUAAACACACUUUUAAAAAGUUUGCCUAUAUUUAUCUGAAACACUACAAACAUUUUUCUAGUGUAAUGCAUUUUUUCUUUAUUGCAGAAGUGUCUUUUAAAUCCAAAAACUCAUUUGAUAAUGACAAGCUACGAUAACACUAUGUAUCUCAUCAUUAAAUAUACUAUUUCUUUCUAUUUCUCACAUGGCAUUAAAGGUGUAAUAUCAGUUCUUACUGUGGAAGACUUGUUUUGCCUUUAUGUCAAUCAUCCAGUAAUUUAAUUUACUAAGGUUGAUUUUACUUGGUAUAAUUACAGACCCAGAACUAAAAUGAUUACUUCACAAUCAGGAUGUUCUUCUAAAUCAUUAUGGCAGUAUUAAUUGGACCACUGUGUUUUUGUCAGUUUGUGUACCUCAGCAUUUUUACCACAACUUUGUACAGUUUGGCAGAAACAUCUUUGAUAAAUUCCCCUCAGAAGUUAACAAUGAACUCUCAGAACUUCCAGCACAUUUUAUCAUGGGAAGCAGGAAAUAAUACAACUGUGCCAACAUACUAUCAUGUGCAGUACAUAGCUUUAAGCUCAAAAAAGGAAUGGAAAGAUGCUGAAGAAUGUUCAAACACCACACGCCUAUUCUGUAACCUGACAAAGGAGUAUGACGACUAUGAAAAUUCCUACAUAGCACUUCUGAAGAGCUUCACAGAACAUGGAGUAUUUAAUUUAUCUAGCCCUGACUUCAGUCCAUAUAGGGCCACAUAUUUGGGUCCACCAAUAGUUAAUCUUACUGCUUGUCCAGGCUGCAUAAAUGUGACAGUAAAACUUCCGGCUGUGUAUUUAAAGGAAAAAUCUUUAAUUGAUAUUUAUAAAAAACUUGAUUAUUCGACAACAGUGGAAUCAUCUGAUAGAAAGGAAAAGAUUCCUUUUAGGAAUGAAACCUCAGAAGAAUGCUUUAGCUAUGUGAUAAGAAGCUUGCGUUUAAAUACAAAUUAUUGUGUGUCUGUUGCUGUGACAGCAUCAUUAAACAGUCACUCCAUCCCUUCGGCCUUGAAAUGUAUUAUCACCAAGUCCACCACUCGAAAAGGUGAUGGUACAAUUCCAAUUCUAAGUGGUGGACUUGUUUCAUUUGUAUUAGGUGUUCUCCUAAUAGGACUGUAUAAAGGAGGUUUCAUUUGCUUAAAGAGUGGACCAUGGCCAAAAGUCUUGGAAACCACAAAUACAUUACACUGCUCGGUGCAUGUCCCUGAUCCUGAAAUAGUGUGCUCUGUACAAAUCAUCCAUAAGGAGAUUAUAAAAAAGGAGUGGGAAUACUGUGAUGAUGAUGAUGAUGAUGAUAGUGGAAGUGAUAGCGAAAAUUCUGAUGAAUACACCAAACGUGGCAUCUUGGGCAGAAUUGUAAAUUCCCAUGCCAAAUCGAAUACUUUUGUGCAGCAGUCUAUAGACUGUGCAUCUGCAGAGAGUAGCAGUCAAGCAAUUAAAUUGCUGGAUUCUGAUGCAGAAAAUUCUGAAGAGGAUCAAUCAGUCAUUAAAGAAAAUGAAAGCACAAGUAAAGUGUUGUUUCAUCCUUCAUCUGAAGUAAACCAUUCCUCAACUUCUGACUUAAGGAACAGUGCUUGCUUUAACAUAAACUUAAGCACUGUGAUGCUGAGAGACCCUGAGAAGACCUGGGAUGAAUCUACAACAUUAGUCACUCACCAAGAGGAUGAAGUUGACUUGCAAGAUUAUUGCGCUUUUGAGGAAUUUGAAUCAAAACCUUUUACUAACAUAGACUAUAGUAAGAGGCCAGAUUGUCAUAACAGCUCACAUGAAUGGCAAAAGCCUAGUGUGUCAGAUGAAAGUGAUACAUCAGAUUCAGAAUACAUAAGGAGAUGAACUGGUACAAGGAAGAACCACUUUAUAAAAUAUGAACAUACAAUUGAUCAUGUUUCAGAGUACCUAUUUCUGGUUUGAUCAUACAGGUCAGUUUCUGAUGACUGUGAAUUUUUUAAAAAUUCUAAAUAUAUGUCUGUACAUUAUAAAAGCAUGCAGGACUCAUGUUAAUGAACAGUAUUUUGGUAGCCUAGGGAUUCUCUGCACAAGGGAGUUAGUGCAGAUUGAAAAUACCUGUGUACACAUGAGACAAUCCUUUACUUAGUCCUCUUUACUUAGUGCACAUUCUGAAGUCUUCCUCCUAAGUGUACUAUGUUAAAUGAAAACUAGUUAGUGCAGACUAUUGCUCAUGUGUGCACAAUGUUACUGCAUGAUACUUUGGCACUCUUCCAACAUUUAACUUACACUGCUGUGCGGGGUCAAAUGAUGGGCAUAUGGGUCCCAUCAGAUGCCUCAGUACAAUUCAGGAAACCCAGGCGUGCAAAACCAUUAAUAAUCUCCAGAGCAUUACCAGAAUUUAUAACAUGGUGCAAUAGAGCCUUCUGCAUGGCAGCACACGCGUGUGUGAGAAUUUCUCCAAUAGUCGAUCACCCUGCAUCAAACUGGACCAGUAACAGUUAAGGUGGCCAGCCUCAGAUGACUAUGGACACCCACUUCUCAGUGUGUUAUGGGACAUUACACGUUGGUAUGGUGCCACUGCAGCUAGUUCAGUACAGAUCUCAGAAAAGGCUGCUUUCCCUGUCUUGAAAUUCUGUUGCUACUGCUGGUCAUCCUAGGUCUGCAGAACAAUCCCACUGUAUCGGUAUGCAGAUUCCCCCAUGGUGCCUCCUACUGGUCACGCUGGGAAUUAGCUCAGUUGUCCAACUGCGCCUUUCUAUAGGGUUGUCUUGCCAUCGUCACUCCUGUGUUGGCUGUCUCAACCCUCUGGACCCAUGUCACUCACUGGACGGCAGCGCCCUCUUUGGGGCACAGCCCUCCAGUGGUGUCCCAGCUCCGAUUUCCCCCCAUUCCAUGGGAACCCACAGUCCUAAAUCUGUCCCCGUGCCACAGUGGCAAACUGCAGCGGAUUGUUAGCCCCUCCCUCGGAGCAAACUGCUGUCCUUCAAAGUGUAGCCACUUCCUUCAGUGACCAGUGGCUCAAACACGGGAGGGAACUCAGACCCGCUCAUUGCUCUGAGCCCUGGCCCAGAGUGUCAGCUACCUGCUGCCCUCCUCCACUCUUCUCUACUGCCUGCCUUCCCUGGGUCACUUUGCCCAUAGCUCUUGUACCCUCUCAGCCCUUUGUAUUAGAGGCCUAGUCUGGCUGUUAUCAGGCUGGCGCAGCCUCUGACUCCCCUGAAUUUGCCCAACCUUGUUCUGUCCUUGGUGCUCCUUCAGGUAGCCAAUCCUCCUCCCUUGUCCUUCAGAGAGAGACAUAUUUGUGCUCAGCUGAGCAACCCCUCAUAUCUGGGCUGCUCCUGCAAGCCUCCUUCUCAUUGGCUGGGGUCUACGCAGGCUCCCUCCAGCCUGCUUUAACCCCUUUCCCUGCCAGACGGGGGCAACUGCCACACUGUACCCACCAAUCAGUGCUGGUUCCCUAAGCACAGCACCAAGUGAAGUUGCUCCAAGAGUACAGUAGUGGUUGCUUGAUAUUCUGCUCAUUCCUCAGGGUAGCCAGAGCAGCGCCUUGGUGAUGUGGCAGUUGGAGGCCAAAGCCACCCAUAACUGAGAGCUCAAAUAAAGCCCAGACAGCCUCUCUGUAUUCACAAUUACCAGACUCAUGGGCUACAUCUACAUUGGCAUGAAUUUCCAAAAAUGCUUUUAACGGAAAACUUUUCAGUUAAAAA